UUCUCUCAUUCGUUUCAGUCCCUCCCUAGAGAGAAACAAACUUUUUUUUUUUCAUGUUUUUUUCUCUCUCUCGAUUCACCUGGUUUUGAGAAGAAUUCAUUUCUUUUUUUGUAGUUGUUCGCGGUGAAAACUUAUGGCAAAGCCGCGUUGUGGAUUAAUAUUUUACGCCGAAGAAGCAGCCCGCGAACCGGGGUAGCGUUGAGAAAACAGACGGGCUUUCCAUAAAGAACAUACAAAAAAAAAUUAUAGAGUGAAAUAUUUAUUUGUUUUAAAAAAAAAAACAACAUGGCUUUUGUUUAAGUCAAGCGAGAGAGAAAGAAAGAGAGAGAGAGAGAAAGAGUUUUUUUGUCCCAACUUUCUUUCUGUCUUCCCCAGACUGAACAAGUUUACUAUAUUUUGACUGACAGACCUUUUUUACUCGUAUCAUAAACUAAAUAAUUAAAACCUACGUAUACAGAAAGAAAACUAAAUAAAUAAAUAAAUAAAUAAAUAAAUAAAUAAAUAAAUAACGCGUUUUAUUUAACAAAACCGAGCACUCAAAUGUUUAUAUUGCUGGAUUUACGGCUUGCGCCUCUUCUAAAAACGCUGACGCCAUUCUGAAGUGAUGCGCUGGCUUCCUCUGGUUGCCAUGGUGAUCGCCUCCCUCUUAGCAACGACCCUCCCCCUUCCACAGAGCUUCCUGGAUGAAGACCACUCCCCUUGGCAACCACCACAGCAACAACAACAACAACCACCAGCACCACGGCGACCACACAACCCUAGCAACAAGACCCACACCGUCACCACAAACCAAAAACAUACCAAAAAUAGGACUAAAAACCCCAGGAAAUUAAGAAACAGACCCAAAACUACCCCCAGUUACCCAGUUUACACGAACAACCUGCUCCACGGCCAAACUAAAGACGUCUUCCCUCCAGUUUAUGGAAUCCAGCCUCCCCCCCUGGAAGGCAGAAUGGGAGAGCCCAACCUGGGCAGCGGAGGCUUGGGGAUCGAACCACUGGAGCUGGGAACGGGGGGGGAACGGCAGUUCCUAACGGAAAACCCCAGGGUCCUGCUCUCCAGCAAAAUCCCCCAGAAUCCUCCGGCUUUUUUCCCCCCGGAGGAAUUCUCUUGGGGUAGCGAGACGGACGAAGACGUGGGCAGGAACGACUCCCGCCGCAGGCGAUCCGACACCAGAAGAGGGGAGCUGUCCGUCUGCGACUCGAUGAGCGUUUGGGUGACGGACAAAAAAACGGCGGUGGAUCUGAGGGGGGUGUCCGUGACGGUCCUGUCCGAGGUCCGAACCCUCACCGGUCCUCUCAAGCAGUACUUCUACGAGACGCGGUGCCAGGGGGAGCCCGUCCCGCUGUCCCGGGCCGGCUGUCGGGGAGUGGACCGCAGACAGUGGGUUUCGGAGUGCAAGGUGAAGCAGUCCUUCGUUCGGGCGCUGACCCUCAACGAGAGAAACCUGACGGGCUGGAGGUGGGUCCGGAUCGACACGGCCUGCGUGUGCGUGCUGCUGGCCCGCACCGGAACCGGAACCGGAACCGCUUAGAACCCGGUUCUGAUUCCGAGAGAUUUUUUUUCUAUACCUUUUUUGUUACCCAAAAUUUUGUCCAGCUUCUACUACUAGGUUUAAAUGUGACAGUGUCUUUAUGAAGAAUAUAUCGACAGAGAUACACAGAGAUAGACACAGUAUACUGGUGGUAGCAGUGGGAUAGUUUAGUUUGACGGAGAUCUGAUUAUUAUUAUUAUUAGUUUAUUUAGCAGACGCCUUUAUCCAAGGUGACUUACAGAGACUAGGGUGUGUGAACUAUGCAUCAGCUGCAGAGUCACUUACAACUACGUCUCACCCGAAAGACGGAGCACAAGGAGGUUAAGUGACUCGCUCAGGGUCACACAAUGAGUCAGUGGCUGAGGUGGGAUUUGAACCGGGGACCUCCCAGUUACAAGCCCUUUUCUUUAACCACUGGACCACACAGCCUCCUAUACCAGAUAUAAGAGUCUUACUUCCAUCCCUUAAUUUAGCUAAAAAUCUCCUUCAACCACUGCCACCUGUCUGUCUAAAUAUCCCACUGCUACCACCAGUAUGCUGUAUCUCUGGUCUGUAAAACCAGCUAAAAACCUCCUUCAACCAAUGACUCUGUCUAUCUAGCUGUCUGUCUGUCUAAAUAUCCCAUAACUAACACCAAUAUUCUAUCUCUCUGUCUGUCUGUCUAUCUGUCUAAAUAUCCCACGCCUACCACCAAUAUGCUGUAACUCUCUUCUCUAUAAGAGUUUUAUAGAAGUUAUUUCUGUCCUAAAAUGCUUGACGUGUCCAAAACUGUCCAUCCGUCCAUCUCUGUCCCUCCUCAGCUCUAACCACUAGAGCCAGCCUCUCUCCGUCCCUCUCUCCCAGUCCCUCCUCGGCUCUAACCACUAGAGCCUCCCUCCCUCCCUCCCUCCCAGUCCCUCCUCAGCUCUAACCACUAGAGCCAGCCUCCCUCCCUCCCUCCCAGUCCCUCCUCAGCUCUCACCACUAGAGCCAGCCUCCCUCCCUCCCUCCCAGUCCCUCCUCAGCUCUCACCACUAGAGCCAGCCUCCCUCCCAGUCCCUCCUCAGCUCGAACCACUAGAGCCAGCCUCCCUCCCAGCCCCUCCUCAGCUCUAACCACUAGAGCCAGCCUCCCUCCCAGUCCCUCCUCAGCUCUAACCACUAGAGCCAGCCUCCCUCCCAGUCCCUCCUCAGCUCUAACCACUAGAGCCUCCCUUCCUCCCAGUCCCUCCUCAGCUCUAACCAAUAGAGCCAGCCUCCCUCCCAGUCCCUCCUCAGCUCUAACCACUAGAGCCUCCCUUCCUCCCAGUCCCUCCUCAGCUCUAACCACUAGAGCCAGCCUCCCUCCCUCCCUCCCAGUCCCUCCUCAGCUCUAACCACUAGAGCCAGCCUCCCUCCCAGUCCCUCCUCAGCUCUAACCACUAGAGCCAGCCUCCCUCCCUCCCUCCCAGUCCCUCCUCAGCUCUAACCAAUAGAGCCAGCCUCCCUCCCAGUCCCUCCUCAGCUCUAACCACUAGAGCCUCCCUUCCUCCCAGUCCCUCCUCAGCUCUAACCACUAGAGCCAGCCUCCCUCCCUCCCUCCCAGUCCCUCCUCAGCUCUAACCACUAGAGCCAGCCUCCCUCCCAGUCCCUCCUCAGCUCUAACCACUAGAGCCAGCCUCCCUCCCUCCCAGUCCCUCCUCAGCUCUAACCACUAGAGCCAGCCUCCCUCCCUCCCAGUCCCUCCUCAGCUCUAACCACUAGAGCCAGCCCGUCCGCCUCUAAUUUUAACACAUUUUGAAUUAUAUUAAAAGUAACCUAUGACCUCAUUUUUUAUUUUUGGCUCUUUUUUUAAAAAAAACGUCAUAUUUUGUUGGAUUAUAUAUUUGAUAUAUCUAUAUAACAGUAAUCUCAUGACUGUGUAAUGCUACUUGAAGUCGUCUGGUUUGGUUUGCAUGUAAACGUUUCUGUAUUUAAAUAUAAUGUGUAUUUAUUCUUAGGAGAAAAUAUUGUCAAUAAGUUAGUUUUUCUUUUAUUUUUUGAUGUUAAUUUGUAAUAAUUUUGAAACCCCAUUUUCACCCCCAAGAAACUAUACAUAUAUAUAUAUAUAUUAUAGUUGUAGUGAAAAGUUUACUUACCCUUAUGGAAAUUUUUAUAAUUUCUAGACAUUUCUCAAGAACAGAGUUCUAGAAAAAAUAUUUUCUAGCACAAAGUUUUGCUUUUCUGGAUGAGGGAAAAGGUGUUACAAAAAAUCUACAAUGAUCUAUUCAGCACGUUUUUGCAAAACUCCGUAAAUGCUCGUUCUAAAGCAUUCUUACCCUAACAAGGCGAAUGAUAUUAAUAGCUAGUUGAGGCUCCUUUAGCAAUACCAAUCUCUUUCAAAUGAUUAGGAUAUUUCUCAAUGAGAUUUUGGCAGAUUCUUUAGUGAAAUUGCCAUUCAAAUUCCCAGGACUUCCCCUGUGCCCAGCCGCCUUCAACUUGAAUCUAAAUCAAGGGAAGUCAUGUUAAAACUUUACAAUGCAUUAGUAAGACCUCACCUAGAAUAUUGUGUUCAGUUCUGGUCACCUCGUUACAAAAAGGAUAUUGCUGCUCUAGAAAGAGUGCAAAGAAGAGCGACCAGAAUUAUCCCGGGUUUAAAAGGCAUGUCGUAUGCAGACAGGCUAAAAGAAUUGAAUCUGUUCAGUCUUGAACAAAGAAGAGAUCUGAUUCGAGCAUUCAAAAUCCUAAAAGGUAUAGACAAUGUCGACCCAGGGGACUUUAUCAACCUGAAAAACAAGGACCAGGGGUCACAAAUGGAGAUUAGAUAAAGGGGCAUUCAGAACAGAAAAUAGGAGGCACUUUUUUACACAGAGAAUUGUGAGGGUCUGGAACCAACUCCCCAGUAAUGUUGUUGAAGCUGACACCCUGGGAUCCUUCAAGAAGCUGCUUGAUGAGAUUCUGGGAUCAAUAAGCUACUAACAACCAAACGAGCAAGAUGGGCUGAAUGGGGCCUCCUCUCGUUUGUAAGCUUUCUUAUGUUCUUAACUCUUACUAAAGCUUCUCAAUAGGAUUUAGAUCAGGACUUUGACCGGGCCCUUCCAGAACCUUGAUUCUAUUCAUCUUUAUCUGUUCUGAAGUAGAUUUUGAUGUGUGUUUUGGGUCGUUGUGUUUGAACGUCCAGUUUUAAAAAACCCGGUUCUGUAGCGGAGGAUUUCGGAUGAUUGGCCGAUAUCUUUUGCUACGUUCUGGAAUCCGUUGGACCGCGUGUUGGAACCAAAUCUUCCUGAACCAUUAGAUGAAAAAACAGCCUUCUAAAAAGAUAGACAUACUUGAGAGUAGGUAUGGCAUUCUUUUCCUCAUCGGACCUUAUCACCGUGCCACAAAACCAGACCAGAACUCCUCUCCGUCAUUCAAAUUCCGAUUUUGCAAACUUUAACCCUUAGCGGUCCAUUUAUUCAGCGUGUCUCAGGCGCGUCGGGUCCAAAUUAUUUUCACACACGCUGUUUAUUUUAGACGCUCUGUUUUAAAAGUGUUUUCUUUCACAGUAAAACAGGUUUACAAGGCUCUGCAUGUCAACAGGACUCUCGGUACUGCAUCUCCAGCCCCACCCCUCGUUCGCUCAUCCAGAAAAGCAGAACUUGGUGCUAGAAAAGAUUUUUUCUAGAAUUUUGUUUUUCGAGAAAGGUCUAGAAAUUAUAAAUUUCAUUAGGGGUUUGUAAGCUUAUCAUACUGUAGUGAAAAUAUCAGAAUUCAAUAUUGAGACUGUCCUCUGUCUUCACUGUUAAGGUCCUGUAUUUGGUACUGGGAAUUCUCUAUGUGGAAGUUUCCCAGUUUAAUCUGGUUGGUAAUUGAGUUAUUGUGACAGAUAAUAAUAAACUCCGAUCCGGUUCAUGUUUUUAAUAUUUUAUAAAGUGCCUUUUUUGUGUUUUGCAACUUGUAAAGUGUGUGUUGUUUUUGGUUUUUUUUAACAUGUUUUCAACACAGGAUAAUUUUUUUUUUUCUUACAAAAAUGUAUAUAAAGUUUUUUCCUCCUUUUUAAACAGUAAUAGAAAAUAAAACAUAUUUUUUCUGUAAA